GAAUCAGCAGCCCAAUAAGUUAAACUAGGGCUAAGCUUAAUCUUUCAGAUACGGCCAAUCUCCCUCGAACUCUCUCUAUUGCGCGCUCCAUCACUUUGCUACGCUCUUUCCCUCUCUCUCUCUCUUUCCAAGGCACAAUACUCACUCAAGGGGUAGAUUGGUGUAAUAUAAAACGAAAAUGAGUGGAGCAGGAGAGAAAGGGUCAACAGCCACAAAAACGCCAGCUGAUUUUCUUAAAUCAAUUCGGGGACGACCUGUUGUCGUGAAACUCAAUUCUGGAGUUGACUACAGAGGUAUCCUAGCUUGUCUGGAUGGGUAUAUGAAUAUUGCAAUGGAACAAACAGAGGAGUAUGUCAAUGGUCAACUGAAAAACAAAUAUGGUGAUGCAUUUAUUCGUGGAAACAACGUUCUUUACAUCAGUACAUCAAAGAGGACUUUAGCUGAUGGGGCUUAGUAUUGCCAUGUUAUCAAGUGGUGAAUAUAAUCUUGUCUCGAGCUUCUCACAAUUGUAUUAUUAUGCUUUUGGAUUUUGGUUAAGAAUGAACUGAAACUAUCCCAACCUGGACUGAAUAGUUAGGGUUUUGUUAUCAAUGCACCAUCAUAUAAGGUCAGCUAUCAUAUACAUCAUUACCAAAGAGCCAUGUUUUAUGCUA